CCUAUUUGCAGCAUUCCCCAUUUUGCAGCAGGGGCUGCACUUUUCUUUUUUUUAUUAUUAUUAUUAUUGCGACCUGGAACUUUUAAACGAGAAAACAUGAUGGAGAUGUAUUUACUUUCCAUCAUUAUAGCAAGUAUUUUCAUCAUACCAUUCGCACUCAAAACUUUGUCCCCUUAUUUUUGGGUGGAUGUUUUGUAUCUCAGGGAUCUACUGCGCAUUUUUGUAACGUUUUUGUCGAGGCGAAGAAGGAGACCUUUCUUCUUUGUUUUGGACCGUUUCUUGGAGCAGACCGCUGCGCAUCCGGAUAAACUGUUCAUAGUGUUUGAAAAAGAGUCCUACACGUACACUUACACAGAUAAAAGGAGCAACAAAAUUGCCAACGCGUUACAAUCCCACCCUGGGUAUAAAGCUGGAGACGCCGUGGCACUUUUCAUGGGGAAUGAACCCGCCUUCAUGUUUACCUGGCUGGCCUUGGCUAAAUUAGGCUCUCCUGUGGCUCUUCUCAAUCACAACAUCCGCACCAAGUCUCUCCUGCAUUGCUUUAACUGCUGCAAUGCCAAAGUGUUGAUAGCAGCCGCAGAGCUAAAGGAAGCAGUGGAGGAUGUGCUGCCCUCUCUGAUUGAGCAUGGUGUUACCGUCCUCCUGAUGACCAAACACUGUGACACACCUGGCAUUGAGAGUUUCUCUGAUAAAGUGGAUGAGGCAUCAGACUCCCCGCUGCCUCAAUCCCUCAGAUCACACAUCACAUUCAAAAGUCCUGCAGUUUAUAUUUACACCUCUGGAACUACAGGUCUCCCUAAGGCAGCUCUGAUUAAUCAGAACCGCCUCUUAAUAGCUCUGGCUAUUUUAUCUUCAAACGGUGUAACGGCUAGUGAUGUCAUCUACGUCAACCUGCCUCUGUACCACACAGCCGGAUUCAUGAUAGGCUUCAUUGGCUCCAUUGAGACAGGGUCAACUAUUAUUCUGAAGAGGAAAUUUUCUGCCUCUCAGUUUUGGGACGACUGCAGAAAAAACAAUGUGACAGUUGUCCAGUACAUAGGAGAAGUGAUGCGUUACCUCUGUAGCACACCGAAGAGAGAAAAUGACAAGGACCAUAAAGUAAAACUGGCCAUUGGCAACGGUGUCAGAGCAGAGAUAUGGAGAGAGUUUCUCAGUCGCUUUGGGAACAUUGAGGUCCGAGAGUUUUACGCCUCCACUGAGGGAAAUGUGGGAUUUGUCAACUACGCAGGCAAAGUUGGAGCUAUUGGACGAGUCAACUUUUUUCAUAAGAAGCUGUUUCCAUACACUCUGAUCCGGUAUGACACGGAGAGGGAUGAACCGAUUCGAGAUGCAAAUGGCCUCUGUGUGGAGUCACUCAAAGGUGAGACAGGACUGCUGGUGUCAAAGAUCACAGACAUUGCACCUUUUGUCGGCUAUGCCCAGAAUGAAGAACAAACAGAGAGGAAAAGACUUCGUAAUGUUCUCAAGAAAGGAGAUCUUUACUUCAACAGCGGAGACCUGAUGAGGAUCGAUAAAGACAACUUCAUUUACUUUCAGGAUCGUGUCGGUGACACAUUCAGGUGGAAAGGUGAGAAUGUGGCCACAACCGAGGUGUCUGACAUCCUGACGAUCAGUGACUGUCUCAAAGAAGCCAAUGUUUAUGGAGUCGAAGUACCAGGGCAUGAGGGGCGCAUAGGGAUGGCAGCUGUCACUGUGAAGGAAGGUUCACACUUUGAUGGAAGUCAAAUAUAUAACCAUGUUGUUAGCUACUUGCCCUCGUAUGCCCGACCUCGCUUUAUGAGGAUACAGAAUGCCAUGGAGGUGACGGGAACUUUCAAGCAAAUGAAGAUGAAGUUGGUGGAGGAGAGUUUUAACCCAGGAUGUAUCCAGGACCCUCUUCACAUCCUUGAUGAUCACAAGAAGAGUUACAUGCCGCUGACAGCUGAGAUCUACAGCUGCAUCAUAUCAGGCAAUAUCAAACUAUGAAUUGACUUUUAGCGUUCAAUAACGGUGUACACUCUAUUGGUACUUUUAAUGACAUGAUUUUUUUUUCUUUUGUUACUAAUGCUCAUAUUAUUUGUGUGCGGUAAAGUAAUAUGGAGAGAUAGAUGCUUUUAUUAAAAGCAGUCGAUGGGACUCAGACGUAUAAAUGCAAGUAAGAAUAUAAAUAGUAUAUUUACUACCAUGGUGAUAACUUAUAGUACUACAGUAUAAAACACCCGUAGCUGAGGGCUUUCUAUAUUUCUGAAUUAUUGUGUUGUGACAUCACUGAGGUCUAUUGAGCAAUGCCUUCUUGCUGUCGUUGAAACCUAGGCCAAAGGUCACACGCAGAGAACAAACGCAGAGUCAGUUGAAAGUUUUAGGAAGCUGUUAAAUUUAGUAAUCAAGUGAAGUAACUGUGGAUUCAUACUUCUUAACUGGUGAUCUAUGUAAUGUGAAGCAAACCAGACCUGAUCAAAAGUGUUAGUGAAGAACAGGAAUUCAUGAAAUAUUCCACAUGAAGUCAAGUAUUAAAUCAUCAUUAAUGACGCACUACUUAAGUCUUUUUUUAGUGAACGAUGACAAAAUCCUCUACAUACAGCGAAAUAAUAUUAGUAUUUAAACACACCAGAAAGUCCAGAAUCCAUCCCAGAAUAACCUCAGAAAAUCCCACUGUUGUUGUGUAUUUGUAGUUUAAUAAUAACACGGUGAAUGAAUCAAAAGGUGGGUUUAUUCUUUUUAUGAUCCGUUUGCUGCUGUCGAUGAAAAAGCUGAAGAGAUUCACAGGAAAUGAACCUUUGAUUUGAUAACUAGAAGAGUCAACAAGCUUGUUCUUACUGUUACAGUCUCGGCUUAACAGUGCCACACUUUUUUUUUUACUGAAGUGUAAUUUUCUCAGUUUUUUACAAUAAUGUGGGUUUAAAUUAUACCUCUUUAGGAUAAUGAUUUUUGGAGCCACCUGCUAAGAUUCAUGAUAAGGUCAUAAAGCAUAAAGGGGGAAAUGUACUGAUAACUCGUGUGUUGCAGAGUGCUUUGUAACUUUUUACAAGUGAAACUGUUUUUGACUUUUUUUCUCUGGGCCAUAAGAUGAUGUUUUGUAAUGAUUUC